AUGCUAUCUUCGCUGCGUCGCGCUUUCCAUGCAUCCGCAGGCCGACAAGCUGUUCAGACGAUCAACGUGCCCUCCAUGGGAGAUUCAAUAAGUGAGGGAACGCUUGUAGAAAUCCUAAAGAAUGCAGGAGAUGUGGUGCAAGCGGACGAAGUGGUGCUUGUGCUCGAGACCGAUAAGGUCAGCGUAGAUGUAACUAGUCCCGUGGCUGGCACCGUUGUCGAGUUACUAGCCCAGCUGGAAGAUAACGUGGAAGUAGGAAAACCGCUCUUCAUGGUAGACGACGCGCUAGCUCCCACCAGCUCUAGCAAGUUUGUCCAGGCGUCGGAUGCUACAUCUUCAGAGUCUGCAUCUUCUGCGAAGAAUGCUAAUGUGACGCCUCGGGGCCGCGAACCGGUCAUCAAGUUUUUGGGCAAGCGUUCGCUACUGCCAGCAAAACCAUUGCCUUUGUCUAAGUCGCUGGGAUCUUAUCUGCCACCACCAUCACAGCGUGCAUUGCCCAUUCUUCCAUCAAGUCCCGAUGUUUUGCCGUUCGACAAUGUCAAACGCUUACCGUUAUCGCCCACAGAGGUUGAAUCGAUUAAUUCGGGUCUUGCUUACUUGUAA